AUGGCAAAUUUAAAUAUCAAUAGUCUUUUAAAAAGUAUCGACCAGCUCCGUAUCAUUAUGCAAAAUAGCUCUAUUGACAUUCUGGCGAUUAAUGAAACAACAAUUGACCAUUCAGUGUCUGAUGAUGAAAUUAGCAUACCUGGAUAUUAUCAUAUCCGUAAAGAUAGAAAUAG